UUUCUUUCAGAAGUGAAAUUCGAAACCCUAGUCAGAAAGAAAUGGAAAACAACGGACGGUCGAUCUAAAUCAAUACAAGGGCUAAGGCAUAACAGUAUGAUUGGCAAGGCAGAAGACAGGAUCAGUAACUUACCCGACUCACUUGUUUACCAUAUACUAUCGUUCCUUGAAACCAAGGAUGUUGCUCGUACUUGCGUAUUAUCUCACAGAUGGAAUCACAUUUGGACCUCAUUCCCUAACCUUGAAUUUGUGUGGGAUGGAUGGUCUAAACCCAGAUACUUGACUGAUAAAUUCAUAGAUUAUGCGGAUGGGACAGUGCGUCGUCGUUGUUUGUCAGAUAAUGAUAUACACAAGUUCCAUAUCACAACAUCUGAGCAUUUGGAUGAAACUCUUGUAAAAUCAUGGAUCUCCGAAGUAGUAAGGCACAAUGUCAAAGAUUUUAGUUUAUUUUUAUGCGCAAACGAUCCCUCCUGUAUUCCCCAAUCCAUUUUUACUUGUGCAUCACUCACGUCCUUUCAACUAACAUUUUUUCCUGGUGAUAUCGAUUUUCCUGAAUAUAUCUCAUUUCCAAGACUCAAACACCUUCGGCUUGAACAUAUUGAGGUUACCAAUCAGUGCUGGUGUAAGAAAGUUUUUCCAAAUUGUCCUGUCCUUGAAGAACUGUACCUGGAGAACUGCCAAUUUUCUGAGCCUAGUUUCUGUAUUUCAAUUCCUACAAUUAAAAUUUUGAGCAUUGAUCAUUGUCAUGGUUUAGACGAGUCUGCUCUCAAAAUCCAGGCGCCAAGGCUUAUGACUUUCUAUUACACGGGCUAUGUUGCAAAAGAAUAUAUAUUUUCUAGUUUUCUUACGCUAGAGGAAGCAGUUGUUUACUUGUAUGCUCCAUGCCCUAUGGAGGACAAGGCACAUUAUGCUGAAGUAGUAAGACAGUUUCUUCGAGACCUUACACAUGUAAAAUGUCUAACCGUUAAGAACCCACCCUACCAGGCUAAAUAUCUUCCAGGGAAUUCGCCAGUGUAUCAUAAUAUCAAACAGUUGAAAAUAACUCAAGGAGUGACCUCUGAUGCAGCAGUAAUUGCUUUUCUCAAAGUAACCCCUAAUCUGGAAUCGCUCGUAAUUGAAAAGAGGGAGCCUUAUUGUGUUAAUGUUUGCGACCACAAGAACCAUGAUAAUGAAGACGAUGGUUUGACACUUGAUAUGCUGGAUACCGGAUGUUUGUUUCUACACCUUAAAUCAGUUUGCUUUAUGCCUAUUAUUUGGGGCCCAAAGGAGAUUCGUUUUUUGAAAGUGAUUUUGAGGAACGCAAGAGCUUUGCAAUCAUUGACUGUCUAUCAUGAUAACUCAAGACGCCCUCUAAAAGUGGCAGAACUAGAACUUAUGGUGCAGAUACAAAGUUUUCCAAGAGCCUCAGAAAGUUGCACGUUUAAAAUCUCUCUUGGAAGUCAGUAAGGUAGUUGCAUUCCUUGUCAUGCUGCUGCAGAAAUUGUAGAAAGGCGAAGGCAUUGAGCUGGCAUACUUUCCAGAAUUUGUUUCCAAAGGUACAUGAGUAAUGUAGUGAGAAUGCUAGGAAUUGCAAACGAAGGUCAUAUAUGUUAUUUAAGUAAAUGCUGAUAGGUCCAUUGCUGCGCUUACAAACAUAGUCGGAUACUACAAUAUUUACGACAAGUUAAGAAAUGACAGUAUAUUUUUACUAUAGUAGGGGCAAUUAACAGCUCAA